GAAGAAGAAGAAGAAGAAUACGCGCAAUGUUGUCUUCCGCCGCCGUAGCUCACGUGGAAGACGAGCAACGUGAGCGCACCCCUCGCUGGCAGAAAGACGAUUAAAGACGCCAACAUGACACAGCUGGACAGUGUAAUAAAGCCCAAGACCAAGCGCUCCAAGCGCUUCCUGGAGAGCAGGGCGCCGAAGCUGACCGAGGACGUGAAGAACGCCAUGAUCAUGAAAGGGGGCAACACCAGUCAGACCGUCAGCCAGGCCCUCAAGGACAUAUAUUCCUUGAAGAAACCCAAUGCUGUGCUGUACAAGAAAAAGAACAUAACUCGGCCAUUUGAGGACUCAACAUCGCUGGAAUUUUUCUCCAAGAAGACAGACUGCUCUCUGUUUCUGUUCGGCUCUCACAACAAGAAACGGCCCAACAACUUCAUAUUUGGUCGUCUGUUUGACUCCCAUGUGCUUGAUAUGAUUGAACUUGGAAUUGAGAAGUACGUCUCGCUGAGUGAGAUUAAGGCCAGUAAAUGUCCUGAGGGGACGAAACCAAUGCUUGUGUUUGCGGGAGAAGCUUUUGAUACAGACAAUGAGCACAAACGUUUGAAGAGUCUGCUCAUAGACUUCUUCAGAGGUCCCACUGUGUCUGCAGUGCGUCUGGCAGGUUUAGAACAUGUUCUGCACUUCACUGCCCUGGAUGGGAAAAUAUUCAUGCGCAGCUAUAGGUGUCUGUUGAAGAAGUCUGGGUGCCGGACACCACGGAUAGAGCUGGAGGAGAUCGGGCCUUCAUUUGACUUUGUCUUGAGAAGAACGCAUUUGGCUUCAGAUGACUUGUACAAGUUGGCCCACAAACAGCCCAAGGCCCUGAAGCCCAAGAAGAAGAAGAACAUUUCCCACGACGCCUUCGGUACCAAGUUUGGUCGGGUGCACAUGCAGAAACAGGACCUGUCAAAGCUGCACACACGCAAGAUGAAGGGCCUGAGGAAGAGGAAGGGAGAGGUGGUCGCCGAAGAGCAGGAUGGACAGGCACCCAAAGCGGCCAGGGUAGAGAGCUGAGGUCUGAGAUGGGUCUGCUGGACUGCUUUCACCAUCUGUGCAUGUGGGUGACUGUCCAGUACAGGUCAGUGUCCAUCACUUUGGUACUGGACAGUCAACUCGUUCAGAAGAGCGACCACGCGCCUAUCAGUACUGUGUAUGGACUUGGCGUGUGAGUUGCCACCGGGCAAUCGGGGUCCAGAUCUAUUAUGGCCUUUCUCAUUUGUAUUUUCCCAUGUGACAUUCAGAUGGUUCUUUGUCUGGUGUGUAAUGAACGUGUCAGCUCAGUUGUCCUAACAAAUGUUAUCUGUCUACUGAAUUAUCAGCCGAUUUCUUUUAUAAGUUGAAGCGUGCAAAAAGGAAAUUUCACCUGCAGCACUCACUGUAAAGGAAAUAAAAUUGUCUCUCCACUUUUUGGGGCUGUUUGAGAGCUUUAAUUUAAAAAAAAAAAAAAA